UCCCUCUCCUUCCACUCGACCCCCUCUCUUUGGUUGCUAAUUACCAUUCUGCCCCUCUCACCUCCACUGCCAUGGCCGGCCUCCCCUUCCCCUCCGACUCCGACACCGCCCUCGAGGCCUUCCUCGCCGACAUUGGCUUCGGCGCACCAUGUCCGGAAGCUGCUCCGGCGCCGUCUCCGUCGCAUCCGGACACGACGGCGGCGGCGGCUACUGAUGAGCCGGUGAUGGCCGGUGACGACCAGGCCGACGAGGAGCGGCGGCGGCGGCUCCGGCGGAGGAUCUCGAACCGCGAGUCGGCGCGCCGGUCGCGCGCGCGGAAGCAGCGGCACCUCGACGAGCUCCGGGCCAAGGCCUCCGCGCUCCGCGCCACCAGCCGCGACCUCGUCGCGCGCCUCCGCGGCGCCAGGGCGCGCGCCGCGCUCGUGGCGCUCACCAACGCGCAACUCCGCGACGAGGCCGGCAAGCUCGCGCUUCGCCUCGCCGCCGCCCGCCGCGUCAUAGCUCUCCGGCAGCUCUACUCCGCCGCCGCCGCCGGCGGUGGCUUCGAGAUGCAGGCGCUCGCCUCGUUGAUCGCGUAGGCGAUCGAUCCCACGUGGACGCAUGCAUGCACGUGCCGACUUUUUUGACUUGGUCAAACCUGGGCCGGUUAAACGAAUUCUCCAACUCGAAUGAAUGGAUGAACUGAUGAACUCGAAUGGCUGUAGAUAAAAGUAGCAAUCAUUUUGCUGAGAUAAAAAAUAAUCACAGUGAGAUGAAAUUGGCAAGGACGAGCAAAGCUAACGAUGAACGAACGCUCUAUUACUAUCGCUCGACCAUCAGUUGCUCAUUUUUCUCGAUCUUGGAGGACGAAUUGUCCCGAAUUCAAUAUAUCAUGCCGAUGAAAUUUGAUAUGUCAUGACAUGAACUUGAGUGCACCAAUUGAUCGAUCUAUCCGGGCUAAAUUUCUCCGAGAUCAAUCAAAUCAGCCAUUUUACUUUU